UUCUUUAAUCCCUUUUUAAUCAACUACAUCCAUCUGGCACAAACUAAGAAGACCACAAUGGCUUUGCUCAUUACAAGAACUCUCGAGAGUUCAAAGUCUGUUCUGAGGUGCUCUGUAUCGCAGCUGAGACGCUUUGCUUCACAGUACUCAGAUUUGCGUAAACAAGACCUUCUCGAAGAUGGUAAUCCAGAUUAUGUCCGUUUGAUCCUAACCUCCAGAGUGUAUGAUGUUAUCGAGGAGUCACCGCUCUCACAUGCAGUCAGUCUUUCCCAUAAGACAGGUUCAUCUGUCUACUUGAAAAGAGAGGACCUUUUGCCAGUGUUCAGUUUCAAGUUGCGUGGUGCCUACAACAUGAUCGCCAAGUUGGAUGAUACCUCCAGAGGUAAAGGUGUCAUUGCAUGCUCUGCGGGUAAUCACGCUCAAGGUGUUGCAUUCUCCGCUAAGCAUUUGGGUAUCCCGGCUACUAUAGUUAUGCCAGUGGCCACUCCUAGUAUCAAAUAUCAAAAUGUUUCAAGAUUAGGUGCACAGGUUGUGUUGUACGGUGAAGAUUUCGACGCUGCAAAGGGUGAGUGCUCUAGACUCUCUGAGGAGAACGGAAUGACCAAUAUUCCACCAUUUGACCACCCAUAUGUCAUUGCAGGACAAGGUACCAUUGCUAUGGAGUUGCUUCGUCAGACAAACGGUGAGAAGAUCUCCGCUGUUUUCUGUGCCGUUGGUGGUGGUGGUCUGAUCUCCGGUAUCGGUGCUUACCUCAAGAGAAUUGCGCCUCACGUCAAGAUCAUCGGAGUUGAAACCUUCGACGCUGAUGCUUUGUAUCAGUCCCUCAAAGCCAAAGAGAGAGUUCAAUUGAGCACCGUUGGUUCCUUCGCCGAUGGUACCGCUGUCAAAAUUUUAGGUGAAGAGACCUUUAAAGUGUGUUCUGAAGUUGUUGAUGAAGUUGUUAAGGUGGACACAGAUGAGAUCUGUGCUGCUAUCAAGGAUAUUUUCGAAGAUACACGUUCUAUCGUCGAACCAUCUGGUGCUAUGACCGUUGCGGGUAUGAAACGUUACAUUGAAGAGCACCCUGAGUUGGACCAUUCUAAGGCUACUUAUAUCCCAGUGCUUUCAGGUGCUAACAUGAACUUUGACAGACUUAGAUUUGUAUCAGAAAGAGCCGUCCUUGGUGAAGGUAAGGAAGUUUUCAUGCUCAUCUCCAUUCCAGAUACUCCAGGCUCUUUCCAAAAGCUCCAGAGCGUUAUCCAUCCAAGAACCGUCACGGAAUUCUCCUACCGUUAUAAUUCAAACCAAGAGAAUGGUAAAAAGAUCCAAAAUGCCUCUAUCUACACUUCUUUCUCUGUCGUGGACCGUAAGAAGGAGAUAUCUCAGGUUAUCAAGGAAUUGGAAGACCUGGGAUUCUCUGCAAUUGACAUUUCUCAGAAUGAGAUGGCCAAAUCACAUGGUCGUUACCUUGUUGGUGGCUCUGCAGACUUGCCAAACGAAAAGCUUUAUAACUUUGAGUUCCCAGAGAAGCCUGGUGCGUUGACGAAAUUCCUCGAAUGUGUCAAGGGCAACUGGAACUUGACUUUAUUCCACUACAGAAACCAUGGAUCUGAUGUUGGUCAAGUGUUGGCUGGGUUUGAUGUUCCACCACAAGAUACUGAGAAGUUUCAAACAUUCCUCGAAGAGACCGGUUACACGUAUCAGGACGAAAGUGACAAUGUUGUCUACAAGAAGCUCUUGAAACGUUAAUGCGACUACCCUAUAUAUUAUAUUACAACUUCAUAGAAAUCAAUGAAAAGAAAAAAAUGAACUACAACAUCAUCAAAG